CUCGUUCGACUUUUGCUGGGUGGAUGUGUCAAAUAUUUUCUUGUCGGCCAAGUGAUAGGAAGUCGAUUUUCACUCCGCUGGUGAAAAAGAAGUUGGUUGCUGCAUUCGUGGAAAGGAAACGGGCAAAAGUGAAAAAAUCCAAUAUCUUUCGAACCUUUCCGGAGUGUGCAAGUGUGAAAAGUCUGGAAAGUUACUCGUGAAGGUGGUCGGAAGUGCAAUCGGAGAAGUUUUCGUCGGUGAAAAGCAGAAAACUAAAAGCUAAAAAACCAUGGAUGAGGAGUAUGACGCCAUUGUCCUCGGCACUGGAUUGAAGGAGUGCAUCCUGAGCGGAAUGUUGUCCGUUUCGGGAAAGAAAGUUCUGCAUAUCGACCGGAACAAGUAUUACGGAGGGGAAUCCGCUUCGAUUACCCCGCUGGAGGAUCUGUUUUCUCGUUUCGGGGUCCAGCUGCCGGAGGGAAAGUAUGGCCGGGGCCGCGACUGGAACGUCGAUUUGAUUCCGAAGUUCCUGAUGGCAAAUGGGCUGCUAGUCAAGUUGCUGAUCCACACGGGCGUGACCCGUUAUCUGGAGUUCAAGUCGGUCGAGGGCAGUUACGUCUACAAGGGGGGCAAGAUUGCUAAGGUUCCGGUCGACCAGAAGGAGGCCCUUGCUUCUGAUUUGAUGGGAAUGUUCGAGAAACGUCGCUUCCGCAACUUCCUGAUCUACGUGCAGGACUUCAUCCAGGAGGACCCCAAGACCUGGAAGGACUUCGACCCGAUGAGCAAGAGCAUGCAGGAAUUGUACGAUCACUUCGGCCUGGACAAGAACACUCAGGACUUUGUCGGCCACGCCCUGGCCCUGUACCGCGACGAUGACUACCUGGUGGAGCCGGCCGUGAAGACGAUCAACCGCAUCAAACUGUACUCGGACUCGCUGGCCCGCUACGGCAAGUCGCCCUAUCUGUAUCCGAUGUACGGUUUGGGCGAGUUGCCACAGGGCUUCGCUCGGCUGUCCGCCAUCUACGGGGGUACCUACAUGCUGGACAAACCGAUCGACGAGAUCGUGUACGAUGCCAGCGGUAAGGUCGUCGGCGUUCGCUCCGGCGAGGAAGUGGCCAAGUGCAAACAAGUCUAUUGUGAUCCCACCUAUGUGCCGGAUAAGGUACGCAUCAAGGGAAAGGUCAUCCGCUGCAUUUGUCUGCUGGAUCAUCCGAUUGCCAACACGAAGGAUGCCCUUUCCACGCAGAUCAUCAUUCCGCAGAAGCAGGUCGGCCGCAAGUCGGACAUUUACGUGUCGCUGAUCAGUUCCACACAUCAGGUCUCGGCCAAGGGAUGGUUCAUCGGUAUGGUUUCGACCACGGUGGAGACCGACAAUCCGGAAGCGGAGAUUAAACCGGGUCUAGACCUGCUGGGAACGAUUGCACAAAAGUUCAUUAGCGUGUCGGAUUACUACGAACCGACCGACAACGGAUUGCAGUCGCAGGUGUUCAUCUCGGAAUCGUACGAUGCCACAACGCACUUCGAGACCACCUGUUUGGAUGUGCUGAACAUCUUCAAGCGCGGCACUGGCGAGGACUUUGACUUCUCCAAGAUCAAGCAGGAGCUCGGCGAUGAAGAGCAGUAAAAGUGAGCAGCGGGUGUGUGGAAUGAAGGAAAGUUAUGCCUCUAGGUGACCCUCUUCCCUAGUAACAGUGGAAAUCAGCUUCUCUCAGAAGAAUAUUAAUUACGAUUAAUAUAUAAUGGGAAAAAUCUGCAUCUGAUACAUUAUUAAUAUUUACUGCUAUUUUUAGUAUAUCAAGAAUUUACUUUAUAACAAUAUAAUUGUGUAAAACAGACAAAACCCAAGCUCUAUUGUAAGGUAUUUUCCAAAAACCCAAAAAACGAAAGAAAGACGGAUCAAAUCAUCAGCAUUAACAGAAAAGCAAGACAAGAUUCAUUCACAAUACAACAAAAACAGAAAUGCGAACAUCGAAGUACAUCUCCUGGGAUUAGACGAAGACGAGGGCUUUGAAUCGAGAUUCUUCCCAUUAUUUAGCCCAACAGCUGCUGAUGCUCUAUGCGGAACUCUUUAUUGCUUCGGUUCAGCUUCCCCAUAAAAGUAGAAGCAGUAGGAUGGCGUCGACAAACAAACAAAACGAGUAUUGUUUUCUAUCAGGUUCAUGUUUUUCACGAAACAUUCACAGGACGAUCGCUAGAAUUUCGAUUAGAAACACAAAUCUGCUGAUGCUUGGCGGAAAAUUUCCAAAAAAAUGCCCAUAUUGCUCUAGUUGUGACAGCAUGAUCACAAUGAAGGAGGAGGUUGUAUUACUGGAAGAGGUAGAUUAAAAGGCUCGAUCGAAAAGUGUGCAAAAAAUGCAGAAAGAAUAGAAUAAUCAAAUUAUCCACGUAUAUUCAACUGAAAAAGGUAGUAAACUAUUAUAAUUAAGAAAACACAGAAAAAGACCUAUUGGAAAUCAUUGAAAAUAAAACAAAAAAAAACUAGCAAUGUUAAUUGGCUUUUUAAGGAACUAAAGCGAGAAUGUAAUUCAUGUGUAUUUUGGAACAUUUACUUCCGUUUCCGUUUUGCUGCUGCUUGGUUUUUAUAUCACACAAGAUUUAUGUUUUGCGCGCGAAUCAAGAAAUAAAUCUUAUCGUGUCCCUAGCGACAUAAUUCAACCAAAAAAUAAACCGAUGGAUCGUUUCUUCGAACGAAUUACCCAAACAGCC